GAGGCUUUGGUUUUAUCUCCUUUGAUAGCGAGGAAACUGUUGAAUAUUUGCUUGCUAAGUCUGAACUUACUUUUGAAAUUGAUGGUAGACGGCUUGAGAUUAAAAAGGCGUUACCCAAGCAAUCUGAAUUACUAGCUCGCCGAAGUGAGCUCGACUAUUACAGUCCUCAUGGCCCCGUUCUCCGCCAGAAAAGCGAAGACAUCGAUCGUGGUCGCGGUUACCGUCACUGGGACCCUCGAGAAAGAGACAAAGAUAGGGGCAGGGAGAGGUCCAGAGAAGCAAGAAAAGAAAGAGCAGACGAAAAAAAAAGGGGUGGUGGCAUUGGGAGGGAAAGACGCCGAGGAUAUGAACCUGUACAUGAUUACGAGAGGGAUUAUGGCCGUGAAAGAGGCUCUCGAAGAAGUAGAAGUUUGGAUAGGGUACAUACCCUCUAGAGGAAGGGAAAAGAGCUACGAAGUUGACGACCAUUAUAGAAGCGCCCACUAUUCCACACACGGAGAAAACUACAUUAGGCGUGGCUUAUCCCCUGAUAAUGUUCAUAGAGCUGGCCACACUGGUAGGAGUCGCAGGGACAUUAGGGAUUAUGCGAGCAGCGACCCUUACGGUUACUACAACGGGGACACUGAGCGCGUCUCGAGAGAAUUCGGUCGGGAGCAAAUUGUUGCUAAUGAAUACAGCUUCAGAGAUUCAAAAGAGUACUCUACAGUUACUGGUUAUCCUGCUUAUAAAAACUUCGAUAGCUAUAAGGAAAGCGAUACUAGUAGAGCGACUGAUCCCUCGCCAUUUUCCAAGAACAUUAGGCCCGGUGAGCUUUUGCCUUAUCAUAAUAGCAUGCAGGGGGCAUCCGAUAAUAAGAACGAAUACUCUAGCAUAAAUAACUACGACCGGAGCCAAUUUUUAGAUGUUCCGCCAGCUAAAAGCGCUUAUGACAACUACUACGACCAGUCUACGAGCAAGUCUCAUUCCUCCUUGCAACCAUAUAGCAGCUAUGGCACCAGCAUUGGUGCGGGUAACCCGCCAUCAAGACAAGCCCAGCAGCUUCCCGUUCAAAGGCAUCCGCCCCCGACUGCUCUUUACCCUCCGACCACUAGUUACCCCCGGCCCUCUGCGAGUGGGUACCAAGUGCCAGGAGGAAGCAGCCACUACCGAACUUCAGCCCUUGACAUGAGCAAAAUGACCUAUCGCCCUUACAAGCCGUACUGACACGCCUAGCCUUUGGAGAGAAAAGUUUUAACGACGAAUGAGUUGUUAUUGGCUAAAACUUAAAGUAUUACCGAUCGUAUACAGCAGAUUUAAUAAAUGGGCCUUAGGUUGUGUGAACUCUCG